UUUACUGUACGUGAUAAACAGUAUCAAUUUAAACGAAUGCCGUUCGGGUUGGCGGGUGCACCGUUCACGUUCAGAAGAUUAAUGACACUACUGCUCAAGAAUCUAGAUAAUGUCGAGGUAUAUGGCGACGAUGUAGUUGUGUACAGUCAAACAGAAACAGAUCACAUCAAGCAUGUGGAAGCGGUCUUAAAGCGAAUUGACGAAUUUGGACUUCGGAUUAAUAAGGACAAGUCGCAGAUAGCGAAAGUAGCGUCACAUUGUUGGGACAUAAAGUGGGAAAUGGAGAAAUAAAACCAUUGCCGGAGAAAAUUCUUACCAUAAAAAAUAUUGCAGUACCUAAUUCAAAAGGAAGUUGAGACAGUUCCUGGGAAGAACGGCGUUCUACAGUCGGUUUGUCAAGAAUUUCAACGAAAUAGCAGCACCCUUAUAUAAGUUAUUGAGCAGCACCAAGUUUACGUGGACUGAGAUUGCCGAACAAACGUUCAACCGAAUCAAAAACAUGCUAGACGAUCGCCAGAUGACGCUCAGACUGCCUGAACCCGGAAAACUGUUUACAGUGGCCACAGACGCAAAUGAUCAUGGUAUAGAUGCUGUGUUGAGUCAGGCUGAUAGAGUGGUGGAAUACGCGAGUCGCGUCCUCACACCUGCUGAACAGAAGUAUUCAACCAUCGAAAAGGAGUGUUUAGCGAUCGUGUGGGCAGUGGAAAAAUGGAGACCAUACCUUUAGGUAGACGAUUUCACAUUGAGACCGACCAUAAACCCCUGCAGUGGUUGAAAACAGCAAGAGACACCCGAGGGAAGUUGGCGCGAUGGGUGAUACGCCUGCAAGAAUACGAUUUCAGUAUCGGCCAUGUUCCAGGAAAAGAAAACGUAAUGGCGGAUUACUUGUCAAGACCAGACAUGGAAGCCGACCUGCCAUUAACAGCAUACGCGGUGAAUAGUUUAGAGGGAGACCCAUUAGAGCUCGUCCGGCAGCAGAAAGCUGACCCUAACCUUCGAGAGGUAAUCAGAGUGAUAAAAGAGGGAGCAGACGCAGAUAAACGAACAAUGGACAAGGAGGUAAUAACGCUGCUUCGGCAAAAGGAACGACUGAGAGUGAACUCAUAUGGAGUGCUGACCUGGCAGGACGAUGAUGAGAAUUGGGUGGCGGUGAUCCCGAAAGACUGGCGGCGUAAAGUGAUACACGAGUGUCACCAGGUAGCACAUACAGGCAUCGCAAGAACGACGGACUUACUACGACAAAGUGCAUACUGGCCGAGUAUGAGAGACGAUGUGGCUGAAUACGUGUUAACCUGCCAGCAGUGUCAGCUAAUGAAAAGCGAUCGAUACACACAACCGCCAUUACAGUCAAUCCUAGUAACCGCAGUCGGUGAUCUAUGGUCGGUGGAUGUGAUGGGACCGUUUCCACAGACGGCGAGCGGUAACCAGUACCUGUUAGUGAUGACGGAACAUGCUACACGUUGGGUAGAUGCCGUAUCCAUUGCAGACCAGCGGGCAAGAACAGUGACCGAAGUGGUAAUCCGGCAUAAUUUAGCGUGUCACGGAAUACCGAAGAUGAUAUUAACUCACCAGAGUCCCUGUUUUGAAAGUGACGAGUUUAAAGCCCGUUUAAAGCAGUUUGGCAUCAAGAGAAUACGAACUACACCGUAUCAUCCUCAGACAAACGGGCUUACAGAGAGAAACAAUCGGACGUUAAAGGAAUGGUUAGCAUCAAAAGGAGGAAAUUGGGAGAAAGAGUUACCAUUGAUUUUGCUUGCACAUCGUUCCUCCACACAAGGAACAACCAAGAAGUCACCUUUCUUGCUCAUGUAUGGCAGACAACCACGACUUCCAAUGCAUAAUAAGACCUGGCCACAACAACAGAAGUGGACGACAACAAGGUUAAGAAAGAGAGGAGAGAGGCAAUAAGGAACGUGGAAAAGAAAUAAAUAUCAGACACAAAAAGGCAGAACAACAGAGGAGAACGUGGAAACCCUUUGCAGUGGGGGACCUAGUAAAGUGUAGAGAACGAAAAAGUAACAUAGCAGGGGAGCAGGGUCGGGGAAGCUGGCCCCAAAAUGGGAAGGACCGUAUGUUAUCACGGAGAGAUGCGGCUCGGUCUACACGAUCCGGAGAGAAGACAAGCAGAAGCGCGUAAAUGCUAGUCAACUACAGAGAUGGUUUCAAGAUCAUCAUGGGUGUGAAUCACGAAAAGCACCAAAGAACACAGGGGUACGGAGACCAGAAAGACUACGACAGCAACUUGUUAAAAGGGGGACGAGUGUGGUGCGUGCUACUUAUAUUGAUAUAAGUAGUAUAUAACGCGAGUCAAAAGAACGUAAUGUCUGGCAGCA